AUUAUUAAUUUCCCUCUUUUUGACUGUUGAGGAAAACAAUUCAUCAAUCGUCAGAGGUUUGCCAUUGCUGACGCUUGCACUCCCUCUUGCUCGCGCUUCUUCGCUUAGGGUUUGGGUUUCUGGGUGUUCUUGCUGCUGCUUUUCUUGUGGGGUUUUGUACUCUCACUUUUCUUUUUUAAAAUCUUUAAAAUUUGCUUUUGAUUUUUCUGUUCCAUCUUGGUUUUCGAUGAAAAGGCAUUGAAUUGGGAAACAGGACGAACCCUUCCUCGAAGGAAAAAAAAAAUAAAAAUUUCAAGAAGUUUCUCUAAGUUCAGCGUUUAUCGUUUUGUGCGUGUGAUUGAAAUUCCGAGAUCGGGGCAAAAAAUGUGAGGUUGAGUGUGCUGAGCUUGAAGAGGUGAAGAUCCUAAUGAUGUUGAUUUAGCUAUCGGGAGAAGGGACGGUGAAAAGAGGAAGUGAUUUGGAUUUGCAAAAAUGCAAUUUCCGAACUUGGAUGACUCUCCCAUGUUCAGAAAACAGAUUCAGACCUUGGAGGAAGGUUCUGAAUCCUUGGGGGAGAGAUGUCUGAAGUUCUACAAGGGAUGCCGGAAAUACACUGAAGGACUUGGUGAGGGUUAUGAUGAAGAUGUAGCUUUUGCUAGUGCGCUUGAAACUUUUGGAGGAGGGCACAAUGAUCCUAUCAGUGUUGCCUUUGGAGGUCCUGUUAUGACCAAAUUCACUAUUGCGCUAAGGGAAAUAGGGACAUACAAAGAAGUUCUUCGAUCUCAGGUUGAGCACAACUUGAAUGACCGGUUGUUGCAGUUUGUGAAUUUUGAUCUGCAGGAUGUUAAGGAGGCGCGUAAACACUUUGACAAGACUAGUCUGCUUUAUGACCAGGCUCGUGAAAAGUUCUUGUCAUUGAGGAAAGGCACAAAACGUAAUUUAGCAAACACCCUUGAGGAGGAGCUUCACCAUGCUCGGUUGACAUUUGAACAAGCACGAUUUAAUCUGGUGACUGCUCUCUCCCACGUUGAAGCAAAGAAAAGGUUUGAAUUUUUGGAAGCAGUUUGUGAAACAAUGGCUGCCCACUUACGCUAUUUCAAGCAGGGCUUCGAGCUGUUACAUCAAAUGGAACCGUAUAUCAAUCAGGUCUCGACUUAUGCAAAGCAAUCAAAAGAGAGAUCUAACUAUGAGCUAGCAGCUCUCAGUGAGAGGAUGCAAGAAUAUAAAAGACAGAUCAAUCGGGAGAUCCGGUGGUCAUCGAAUGGUUCCAACGGAUCCCCUAAUCGAGAUGGAAUGCAAGCCAUUGGAAGAAGUUCACACAAAAUGAUACAAGCUGUCAUGCAAUCUGCUGCAAAUGGAAAGGUUCAAACCAUUAAACAAGGUUAUCUUUCAAAACGCUCGUCAAACCUGAGAGGCGACUGGAAAAGACGAUUCUUUGUUCUUGACAGCAGGGGAAUGUUGUACUAUUAUCGUAAACGAAAUACCAAGCCCUCUGGAUCCGGCACGCAGCAUUAUAGUCAAAGGAAUAGUUCUGAAUUGGGUUCUGGAUUGCUUAGUCGCUGGUUAUCUUCUCAUAAUCAUACUGGGGUACAUGAUGAGGAGUCUGUUCCUCACCACACUGUGAACCUUUUAACUUCUACGAUUAAAGUUGACGCCGACCAGUCAGAAUUAAGGUUCUGCUUUCGAAUCAUAUCCCCAUCAAAGAUCUAUACACUACAGGCUGAAAGUGCCCUGGAUCAAAUGGAUUGGGUUGAGAAAAUCACCGGAGUGAUUGCAUCGUUGUUAAGUUCUCAGGCUCCUGAUUGGUGUUUAUCAAACAGUCCAAUGGGCAGCGGCCACCAUCGGUCCAACAGUGAGAGUAGUUCAUUUGGAAGUGCUGAAUUUGAUCCUGGAGCCAUUGAGGACUACACAUCAGAGAGGUUUAAUUCUCUGCAUAUAGACCGUAACAUGCGAAGCUCACAGCAACUGAGAACCGGGAUUAAAAAUGAGAAUCCAAUUGAUGUAUUACGGCAAGUCUCUGGUAAUGAUAAAUGUGCUGAUUGUGGUUCCCCCGAACCAGAUUGGGCAUCAUUGAAUCUGGGAGUUCUUGUUUGCAUCGAAUGUUCUGGUGUACAUCGUAAUCUCGGAGUGCACAUAUCCAAGGUACGAUCACUAACACUCGACGUCAAAGUGUGGGAGCCAUCUGUCAUAAACCUAUUCCAGUCUCUAGGAAACUCUUUUGCAAAUUCAAUCUGGGAGGAAUUACUGCAGUCGAAGGGCGUGUUCCAAAUGGAACUUAGUCCUAAAGGGACUAAUAGUCAUCAAAUGCAAUACUUAAGCAAGCCGAGUCCUACCGAUUCAAUUUCUACCAAGGAGAAAUUCAUUCACGCCAAGUAUGCGGAUAAACUUUUUGUUCGUAAGCCGAAGGAAACUUCGUCAGUGGCGCAACAAAUGUGGGAUGCUGUUCACGCGUGCGAUAAGAAAGGCGUUUACAGCCUCAUCGUUAACUCGGAAGCGGAUGUGAAUACGGUUUACGAAUUCGGAGCUAGUUAUUACUCUUCUCUCAGCCUUGCAAUAGUAAUGAUGUUGCCCGAUCAAACUGCCCCCUUCCCCCACUCUGGUCACUCAGGAUCUGAGGCGUUACACGAAACAUUUUCAGGCUCGUCCGAUAAGCAGAGUAUGAGCGAAUCGAAUAGUGGCGUCGAGGAUCUUUAUCGCUGCUCCCUGCUCCACCUUGCUUGCGAAACUGCCGACAUUGGAAUGAUCGAGCUUCUUUUGCAAUACGGGCCCAACAUUAAUGCUACUGAUUCGUGGCUGCAAACACCUCUCCAUCGGUGUUCGAUGAAGGGUAAAUCUGCUUCUGCAAAGCUUCUCCUGAUGAGGGGAGCUGAUCCGCGGGUUACAGACAACCAAGGUAAAACUCCAUUUCAGCUUGCUGUGGAAUCGAACGUAAACGACAGUGAGGUUCUUGCGCUGCUCUCGGGCAGGUCUCAUGAAUGACGAACAUAUAACACCUCGGCCACUUUGCUAUUGUAAGUAGUUUUACCAUUGGGGCUAACUUACUCUUCCCUCGCCUCUCCGAAAAGUACAACAACUCUUCUCUUCGAAUAUUUAAGUGUCUCGAAGCACAAAUUAAAUGUCGCGGGAUCGGCUCGGGUCGGCUCGUAUGUGAAUUGGUAAGGUUUCAUGGUUAUGGAAACUCUUGGUUUAUUUUUAGUGUUGAUUGAGUUAUUCUUUUUUCACUUGUAUUGGUGAUUGAGGUGGUUUUGGCUGUGUGCUCUACGUGUGUGUGUGUACAUAUAUAUAUAUAUAUAUAUAUGCAUGCAUAUGUAUGUUGUCUGUAUAUGUUUGUCGAGUUGGGACUAGAACACAGUUUUGGUUUCUCACAUUUGUUGUCUCUGAUUUGGCAUUCGGACUACUUUGUGUUGGAAGCUUUAAAAGAGGGGUUCUAUUUUUUUGAGUUGGUAA